AGCUCUAAUACUACCCCUAAACCCAUUAGCGCGACUCCUGCCGAACCGGACGCCGUACCCGCUCCUCAGUCGGAGGAUGCGCCGAUUGUAACAAUGACUAGCCGGGCCAAUAGAAUCGUCCUCCUGUCCACCGUACGAGCCGAGGCGAUAGACGCGCGUGGCCAUGCGUUCCCCGUACGCAUAUUGCUGGACAGCGCGAGUCAGGCCAGCUUUAUUACCGAGGGCUGCCUCCGGAAGGGCGGCUUUCGUCGCACCAAACACAGUGCAACCGUGUUGGCGAUAAACGAAGCCAGGGCGGCCACGACGAGGGGCCUCACCUCCCUCGUGAUCCGCGCGCGCGGUCGCGACGACACUCGGUUCUCGAUAGAGUCUACGGUCCUCUCGCGCAUAACCUCGCCGCUGCCUAAUGACAAGGUGGAGGUCCAGCCGUGGAAACACUUGAAGGGAUUGCCGCUCGCGGAUCCCGAAUAUUUCGUGCCCGGCGGUGUUGACAUCCUCCUGGGGGCGGACUCGUUUGUGUCGGUGCUACGGGAGGGCCGUCGAAAGGGGGAAAGGGGAGAACCCGACGCCUUCAAUUCAGUCUUCGGAUGGGUUCUGACGGGCGCGGUAUCCCCAUCAAUCCAGGCAGCGCCCCUGAGGUCAUUCGCGACUACGCUCGAGUCGAUCGCGACAUCGGUGGGUCGCUUUUGGCAAUUGGAGGAGGUGCCGGAGGACGCUUCUUGUUCGGACGAGGAUCGACGCUGCAAAGAAAUCUUCGCCAAGACCACGUAUCGUGACCCCUCGGGUCGUUUCGUGGUCUCGUACCCGUUCGUGUCGGAUCUUCCUACAUUCGUCGGCUCGCGCUCCAUUGCGGUUAGUCGUCUCCGCGCACUAGAACGUCGAUUUAAAUCUGAUCCGGAGUUCAGAGCUGGUUACAAUAGUUUCAUGCGGGACUAUCUCGAUAGCGGACACAUGGAG